AUGGCACUACUAGCGGCCGGAACCGCCAACUUCCUUUGUAAGGGCCAGAAACAGCAUUCCGGUACACUAAAGACGAGAAAUAGAAACGUUGUCUACAACUACCUAGAUCAGCCCCUAGCGCUGCAGUAUAAAGGAGAGCAAUUGCCGGUGAACACUGCCUUCGACGUCUUAGGAUGGAUUUUGUCCGUCUGUGAUUCAGGCCCUCCAGGUGCCACGGCGAAGAACUACUAUCUGCCAAUGCUGGCGCUGUAUUCGAGAUGGUGUUCAGUCCUGGGCGAAAGCAGAUUCGAGGGCAUGACCCACAUUACUUGGUUCACCAACACCAAGUCAAAAGGCACGGACGUUCUUCUUGGCGCCACACUCGGCCAGCCAGAAACAAGAGACACUGUACGAAACAAGGACAAGGUGACAGGCCAGCCUGUUCCACAGGUCAAAGACCGAGGCCUAAUCAUGAAACGUGAGAGGAUAGAGUAUCUUGAGAGAGCGGGCUUCCGGGCUCCCGAUAUUUUCAUUCCCCAGACAGAGGACGUAUCAAGGCAGAAGAAUCAAAAGGAUGGCACGCAAGGUGAUCCAGGCUUUGGCGGCUGCGCUGAAACUUUCUUCUUCAUCGUUGCGAUGAAGAACAAGAUUGACAAAGCCAACGUCCAUGGUUUCGCAUUGAGGCCCACCGUCGACCUCAUGAGACAGCUCAACAACUACUCGGAGGCGGCUAUGGUGGCCCAAUUACGACCUCCAUGCGACUAUUCAUGCCAGAAGUUGUUGGAUCAGAUGUACCAUACCAGAGAUUGGCAAUCGACGUUCGAUUAUCAAACCAUAACCCUUCGCGAAAGUGGAGGAGCCGGAGCUGGCGGAGCUGCCGGUCCGAGUGGGAGUGGUGUUUCUGCGAAGUACUGGUCCGGGUACAAAAGUUGGAGCAGCAUCCAGCAAGGCUGGCAAGACCAAUUAAUCCUUCAUCAAGCCAUGGCAGCAUCACCUUCCCAUCUCCGCUCUCUCUACCGCUCUCUCCUACGUGAACUACCUCAUCGACCGCUUUCCACUCCUUCCCCAAUCCAGCAACGCAUCCGCAAUUCCAUUUCCUCCAAUUCCGCCCCAAUGCAAGUCGAAGAAGCCGAACAAUAUAUCCAGUACGCGAAGGCACAGAGGAUGUACGCUACGCUGUUGGAGAGGUAUAAUCCAGGAAUGUCGAUGGAUGAGGAAGAGAAGGUUCGGCUGACGGCGAGGAGGGUGGGUAUGGAUUUGCCUGAGGAGUGGCGGGCUGGGAAGAAGAAUUGA